GUCCAUGAAAACGCGUUAUCAUUUGCUAAAUGCAACCGAGCUGGAACCCGCGUUUGCACACAAAAAAGGACGGCUAAAACACUUGAGUAUUUUAGCGGGCCACAGUUAAUAUUUUCCGCCGGACGCCGCCAUUAACAACCAGGGGCCAAAACAUACAAACUCACCCGCUGUAAAAUCCGAGGCCGCCGAUAUUUAGUCAAGGCUUUACCCAAUUGAGCUUAAACUGUGUUCGGGAUUCUUUUAUGGGAGAAGAAGCCUCCCCUGCUGCUGAGCAUCUUAUUUGGUUGCAUUUGGGUUUCUGAAACAGGGAACCAUUUUAGCCCGGAGGAACAAGAAUGGAUAAAUGGCCGUGUUGUGGCAAAAUUUCUGGGCUUGUAUCGGGCUUAACGUUUAUGCUGGUCCUGCUUUCGGCACAACCAGGGGAUGCAUAUGAUCCUGUGGACCCAAAUGGUAACCUAACCAUAAAAUGGGACAUCAUAUCCUGGACCCCUGAUGGCUAUGUUGCUGUAGUGAGACUAGUGAAUUAUCAACAGUACAGACACAUAGAAAGCCCUGGGUGGACUCUUGGCUGGACUUGGGCUAAGAAGGAGGUCAUAUGGUCCAUGGUGGGGGCUCAGGCUACAGAGCAAGGCGAUUGCUCUCGUUAUACGGGCAAUAUUCCACACUGCUGUAAGAAAGAUCCCUCCAUAGUGGACUUGCUAGCGGGGGUUCCAUACAAUCAGCAGGUUACCAACUGCUGCAGGGGAGGAGUUAUAGCAUCGCGUGGUCAGGACCCUGCACGAGCACUUGCUGCAUUUCAGGUCAGCGUGGGCAGCGCAGGCACAACCAAUACGACCGUUCGCUUGCCCAAGAACUUUACUCUUAAGAUACCCGGCCCUGGGUAUACUUGUGGGCCUGCUAAGAAAGUUCAGCCCAGCCAGUUUCUGAGCGCAGACGGCCGCCGCCACACUCAAGCGUUAAUGACCUGGAAUGUGACCUGCAUAUAUUCACAGUUUGUGGCUCAAAGAACCCCUAGCUGUUGUGUUUCCUUCUCAUCUUUCUACAAUGACACUAUUGUCCCCUGUCCCGUAUGUAGCUGCGGUUGCCAGGAUAACAUCAAUCAGCUGGGCAAUUGUGUUGAGAAGGAUUCCCCAUAUCUCAAGAAUGUGAGAGCUAUUACACCUGCUCACAAUAAUGCACCCCUUGUUCAGUGCACAUCUCACAUGUGCCCUAUCAGGAUACAUUGGCAUGUCAAAACCAACUACAAGGAGUAUUGGAGAGUGAAAAUCACUAUUACAAACUUCAAUUACAGAAUGAAUUAUACUGAUUGGAAUAUUGUUGCUCAGCAUCCAAAUUUCAACAAUUUGUCCCAAAUUUUCAGCUUCAACUACAAGUCACUGAACCCCUAUGAAUCUCUAAAUGAUACUGCAUUAUUUUGGGGCAUCAAAUUCUACAAUGAUAUGCUCAUGCAUGCUGGAUCAAUGGGAAACGUCCAAUCUGAAUUACUACUCAAGAAGGAUAAGGAAACUUUCAGCUUCAAACAAGGGUGGGCAUUCCCCCGGAGAGUAUACUUUAAUGGUGAUGAUUGUGUAUUGCCCCCGCCAGAUGCAUACCCUACGUUGCCAAACGAUAGUCCUCUAAAGAAAGGAAGAUGCUUUGGAUUAAUGAUAAUUAUUAUGGUUUUGGCUACUACAUCCCAAUUAUUAUUCUUGUAGAGUUCUAGCACAUAUUGUACACAAUGGCCAUUAGAUUUUUUCUUUGUGUUUCUCUGUAGUGGUCAAGUAUUGCUUGCAAUUGAGCCAAAAGAGAUACAGACUCUCUUCUACUUACACAAUUAUUUAUUCUGGUGUCGGAGAAAAUUCUUAAUUUAAUUCAUCCAACAUUGUUUUCGAGUAAAAUCCAGUGUACAGGAGCUCUUACAGAGUCAGUGAUGGGAAGAACUAAAAAUACCAUGAUGACAGAAAUUGAUAAAUAUUGUUCAACAGAUGGACGGAAAUUUGGUUCUUGAAUAUUUUGGUCACAUAAAAGGACCUUACAGGUUAUACCUGUUUACUCGUCUGAGUUGUUAGCUUUUAAGUCGAUUUUGGCCAAAUUGUAUAUUUACGAAUGAAUGAUUUUAAUGACAGGACUGAACAGUGUAAGGAAUGAAGGAAUUUUUAUUAUAAGAUAAUGAAGGUUUUGUUGUAGUA